AUGAACGCCAUAACGGUGAACAAACAGGGAAUAGGCUUUCUUGAACCGACAGAUAUCUUGUAUCUUUAUUGUGUUGAUUUUCAAUUUCUACUCGACUUUACUAUUACUUCGCUGCCGUUUAUGGAGCUGGAACUCGUUGGUGGACAUGUUAGCUUUCCUGACAAGUUACACGAGAGGAGAAUUGUACUUUUUCCAAAUGGGGAUAUAAUUCGUAACCUGUCGCAGCAAACUUCCCCAUGUGCAAUUGAAAUCGUUACUUGUUGUCAUAUCACGGUAAGAUGUUUACUUUUUAUCAACUAUAUUUCUGGUGUUUUGGUAUUGUAGUAUGGAUAUUAGCCUUUUUUAUUGUCUCUUGAGAAUCCAAUUUCAACAGACAAUUCCCAUUAUAGACUAAUUUUAAAACUAGGCAAGGAGAUGCAAAUAAAUCACCACAGCUAGAAAGAGCAUACUAAAAUUAGUAAAAUUACAAAAUUUGGUUGCGAAAUGUUGUAAAAUGUGGAAAACAUAGCCUUGCAAAGUUUGCAAAUUUUGUAUACUUUUGUAUUGCGUGCGACAUUUUCGGCCUAAAUGUGGUAGGAAUGUGGUAGGAAUUUCCGCAAGCAAUACAAAAGUAUACAAAAUUUGCAAAUUUCCUAGGGCUAUAUUUUCCCCAUUUUACAACAUUUCGCAACCAAACUCUGUAAUCCUACUAAGUUUAGUAUGCUCUUUCUAGCUGUGGUGAUUUGAGUUUCCUUGCCUAAUUUUAAAAUUAGUCUAUAAUGGGAAUUGUCUAUUGAUAUUUAAUAAUAAAUAAUAGUAGCAAUAUUUUCUCUGGGGUUUAAUAUAAUAUGCAUUUGGUCCCCAUGGCCCAUGGUAAUUAUAUAUUUGUGCAUAAGCAGCUCAAAGAUGUACGUGUGUUAUCUUAAUGUGCGAUGUGUGUGGACCAAUACUAGGGUCAUGUAUCAGUCCAGUCCUGUCCAUUCUGACCCCCCACCCAAGUACACCCUUGUGUAUUUGUAAGCUUAUUUAUGCUUGGCCGUGCAGGGGGGAGAUAAUCCCUUGUAAAAUUACUCAAAUCUACUUGUCAUCCUGGGGCUGUUGACAUUAGAAAACAAACUGCAAAUGCUUUGAGGUGCGUGAGGGAUGGGCAAUACUGGAAUUGUGAUGCAGGUAUAGAUUGAUUCCUUUAUUAAUUGAUAGGUUGGUUCUCGUCAAGCAGUACUGGUUUGGGAUUUCAUUGUGAAGGAUGACUUACAACCUGUUUCAACAGUUAAAGCUGUUCUACCAGUGGAAGAUGACGACUCUUACCCGACAUUGCCAUGGCUUGACAUAACCCAAACUAAUUGCAAUUGCAACAAAUACCCAACAUGUGGUCUCAUUGUGCAGAAUAGCUCAAAUGAAUCUCAGUAUUUAUAUGAUGGUGGCCAUUCUGAUGAUGGUGGCCAUUCUGAAGAUGGUGGCCAUUCUGAUGAUGGUGGCCAUUCUGAUAGUGAAAUAAUUGAACAUGCUGUCAAUGAUCACAAUGAUAGUUCAGUAACUGAUGAUGGACAAGUGAACAUGGAACACUUAGAUCACGUUACAGAACAUGAAGAACAACGAUAUACAGAAAAAUUCAAGCUGAAAGGAACUAGUUUUCAUAAUCAUUUCCAAAGCGCAUUACGACAUUUUAAGUUCUGUCAACUGAGUGAACUAGAACCUCCAGCACUAUCACUACAUUUUGAGCCUGUAAAUAAACGGGAUGAAAAUGCGAUUGUCGUCAUUGCAGAAAUUGAUGGUACUAAUGAUCCUAUAGGAUAUAUACCUGGUUCAAGAGUGGAAAAGAUAACCAAGGCACAUUAUUCACAUCAAAUAACUAAUAUACAGAUGUCAGAAAUUAAGAGACAGUACAAUUUUUAUGUUGGUGGUUUUGUCUAUGUCCCAGUUGUGUCCAUAACAAAAACAGGAAGAUGGCCACCGAACUCUAAUAAAUAUCGUUAUAAUUGUACAUUUUAA